ACAAACCUUCGAAUGUGCUACAUGAAGAAUGGAAGAGGUGGAAAGACCGGAAUGAUAAAAUUUCUUUAGUUAUUAACAGCUUGGAGAAGUAACUUGACCAAGGCAUUGACAAGGACUACUUCAUGAAAGUUCUUAUUAGCGCACACACGAUCACAGCCUGUGAUACUCUCUGGUAAGCAUUAAUUCUCCAAUACAGUGAAAGGUACGUAUGAGCUAUGGCGAGAAUUGGGAAGGAGUGAACAGUAUCUGAAGAGAUACUGGAGGAGGUACUCAUGUGACAGCUCUACGAGAAGGAGUGCCAGAGUAUGGAUGCGCUGCGCUAUGAAGUCCACUGCGCCGGCGGGAAAAUCUAGCCAGAGACUUUGCGGCCAUGCCAAUCAUCUCUCUGACUUCGCGUUACAAGAGCAAAUUGUCAAGCAGCAAUCUGGAAAGGAGCCGUCACCACAGAGAAGACAGUUGAAAAACGACGCUAAUAGCGGAGUAUUUUUUGACAAUUUUUGAGGUGUCUGGAAAGGUGCUCAAACAGAGUCUUGAGUGUUUGAUAUAACUUCUCGAUCGGAACUACAACUAAGGAGAAACAGAAAAAUAAAAUCGUAGAAAUAUCUGCUAAAGCAAUCAGAUAUCCAAACACCAUCACGGUCAUGAUUUACCGUGUUUACGCUUGAUGAAUGGUUUAUGACUUUGAGAAGUUAAAGAUCCAAAUGCAAGUGACAGCAGUGACAAAGGGCGUUAUACGAGCCUGGCGUUUCUGUACUCGAACGAGCUCUAGACUGAAGUGUGGACCUAGUUACAUGUAUCUACGUUAAGUUAUGGUAUAUUGGUUCAUGGCGUAGUGUGUUUAAUUAACUAAACGUAGAAAAUGUUUUUUCUAGUACUGUGAUGUGGAGCACCUUGUUGGUAAUUUAGUUAUUUCAGAUAGUUGAGUAGAGUUUGAAUACAUAAACUUCAAAACAAAAUGGCGGCUAUUGUGACGUAAUUUAUGACGUCAUCAUAGCUUGAACAACUACAGAAAAUACUGAAAUGAUAUCUAAGAUACUAAUUAUUUCAAAUAUACGUCCAGGCAAAAUAUCGUGUACUUCUAAGAAAAGAAACAUAUAAGAAAAUAACGUUUAGAAUUCCAAGAUGGCGACCAAAAGGAGGGUAUUGGGGGUAAAUUUAAAAUUCGAUUUACAAAGUGAAAGCUACCGUUCUAUCCUUGCUAUCAUGCAUUUUUAUGACGCUUAAUAGUCAAAGACAAAGAAUAUACAAGUUUCGUUUGUUCCCCUGAAGUGAGCCAUACAACCACCUCAGCUGAUGGACUAGGAGCCAUAUCCGUUAUCCUUCCGUGGGCAUGACCGGAUUGACCGCGCGAGUAAAAGAGGCAAAGAGCGGCCAUUUGUUUCCCCUUUGUUUAUUUCCGCGCGAAACUCGGGACGUGAAGGCCUGGGACGUCCAGGCAACCGGAAAAAGAUUGGUCGAGAUUGGUCGAGAAAAGCGCCCAAGAUUGCUCGCAAGCCUCGCAAAGAUUGCGGAAAUGUCGGAAAAUCGGGUGAAAUCAUCGCAGUUGCUGGGGGGAUUGUCCUCUUCCAAAAAACCAAAAGAUUGGCGUAAGGCCAUCUUCGUCGUCAGAGAGAUGAAAGAACACGUUUAUCAAACGAGAGGAAUGGCUUGUGCUGUCGAAGUGGGAAGCUCUGUUCGCUUGGUUACUUGGCGUGGUGUAGUAGACAAUGCUGAUUGCAACAAAGUGGUAAUGGAUCGCUUUGCGAAAAAGUCUACGGAUGUACCAAAAUACCGUCUCCAAAAGUUAAUGGGUACGACCUGUGGCAGUUUCGCGUUUUUUUCCGUGAGUUGUAGUGAAAACUUUGCUUUCCUACAGAGCAAAGUUCCAGGAAGUGAAAUCAAAGCGUCAACUCUUACAGCGUACUCGUUUUCAGGAGGAAAGACGAUUGAACUGAAAUUCAAGUACGACGAAAGUAAGAAGGAAUACGAACUAACUUGUGAUGGAUUGGAGAAGCGAGUUACAGAGGAAGUAUCCCUACUGGGAUGCCCAAUUAUCGACAAAGCAGCGGACAAAGAGAGGGCCGUUGUUGGCGUAGUAGGCAGGAGUGAUGCUGGGAAAAUUGUUCCCUGUUUCAUAACGGAAAAGGAAUUUGAUCAUGAAAACAAUGCAACAGAAGAAGAUGAAGAAAAAGAAAAAAAAAUUGAAGGUGGAUGUGUUGCUGAUGAUAAUCUUGAUCACCAAGGAUAUCAAACAGAAAGUGAGAACAGCACCUCUUCACAGAAAGACAUGAGUUCUUCUGGCAAAGAUGUACUUGAUGCUAAGUUUGGAUCUGUACCUGUGUCUGCUGAGAAAGGAUCUGUACAAGAGUCUAGUGAGAGAGUUAGGAGUGGUGCAAUCCCCAUAGAGUACCUACCGUACCUUGCACUGGAUAUACAGUCCAGCAAAGGAAGGAACUCUCUUGGUAGAACUCUAGGAGUGGAUGAUUCAACCUUGAGUGGCAUUGACAAAGACCACGAUGAAGAUUAUGAGCGUUGUUACAAGAUGUUAAAACGUUGGCAUCAGCAAAGUGGCACUGCUCUAUUUAAAGACCUUGCAGAAGCCUUAAAGGAGUGUGAUCUGUGCGAUAUUGCGACACAAUACUGUUAUGAGGAAAAUGAUCUACCAACGCAGAAAAAUCAGGUGGUAUCAGGAAAAUUAAAGGCUGGACGUGUAAGCAAAGACGAUCUAAGUCGUAUUGCUCAUGCUGUAAAACAAAGUCGUAAAAGACUGGGCAGAGCGCUUGGUGUAUCAGAUGAUCAAAUCGACACAGAAGUCGAAGAACACCGGUCGGAUAUUUACGAACAGUCCUACCAGAUAUUACUAAAAUGGGUUCAGAAAAAAGGAAAUCAAGCUACUUACGAUGCGCUUGCACAAGCUCUGCUUGACCGGACUGUUAUGAUGAAGAGUGUUAUGGAGAAAUAUUGUCUUGCUCAAUAAAGAACAAAUACAAAUAACAUAGUGGACAUAGUGGCCGUCUCUUAAUAUUGCCUGAAGAGUGCAAAAGGAAACAGAGUUGGCAAAUUGCUAAGUAAGAGAGAGUAAUAAUCAGUCAGGAAGAGGAAAAGAUCCAUACCUAAGUAUAAGGAAACUCAGAAAGUGACUGUCGUUCUAGAGUUAGGCAUAAUGGAAGGACCCUGUGUACAAUUUUACAAUACUUGUCUUAAAUAAACUACAUCUCAUUAAAGUACGAAAGUUAAGCUAGGUUAGCAAAUAUAAUAAUUGGUCGAUCUAUACACGAGUGUAAUAGAUUUUAAAUUUCGAAGAAUCUUGUUAUUCUUGCUCUUCAUUUCUCAAGGUAAACAUUUAGAGUUUAUCCGUUUUUUUUUAUUAUUAUUAUUGAAACUCAACCAGUGAGAAUAUUAUAUUCUGGAAAACUCAUCAAUUUUCUACAUGAAAAACAUUUCAUGAAAAUUAGAUGUCUUUUCUACUACUAACUAGACAUCAAUAGCAAUAACAUUUGUAAUUACCUAGGAUAGUACAAUAAAUAACGCGAAAAAUGUUGCAAA